GGGUUAAUGUGUCGAGGAAUCAAUGUAAGAGAGCGAAGAUGAGGGUGAUGAAGAUAUUGAUGGGUGGGUAUAAGGAAGAAUAUGCGCAGGUAUGGGAUUAUGCUGGUGAAUGUAUGUUUCAAAACUCAUCUAGUAGGGUAUAUAUAGAGGUUGUGGAGAGGCCACUCCUUGAUCUUGGGCCUAGAUUUGAUAGAUUUUAUGUCUGUUUUGAUGCAUGCAAACGGGGCUUCUUGGCUGGUUGUAGAAGAGUUAUAGGAUUGGAUGGAUACUUUCUAAAGGGUUUAUGCAAGGGGGAGUUGUUGGCUGCUGUGGGGAGAGAUGCCAAUAAUCAAAUGUUCCCGAUAGCUUGGGCAGUGGUAAAGAUAGAGAACAAGGAUAUUUGGUCCUGGUUCCUAAAAAAUUUAAUGGCUGACCUUGAGAUAACCGAUGGGGGAGGAUGGGCAUUCAUGAGCGACCAACAGAAGGGACUUAUUCCUGCAUUGGCUGAAUUGAUGCCACAUGCUGAGUAUAGAAUGUGUGCGAGGCACAUAUAUGCAAACUGGUCAAGGAACUUCAAAGGAGAUAGGCUGCAGAAGCAGUUCUGGCAGAUAGCAAAGAGUACGAAUAUGGUUGAUUUCAAAUUAGCUGCAACAGGGAUUGUUGCAGCUGACAAAUGA